UUCUCUCCUCCUCCUCCUUCUUUCUCUCUUCUUCCUGUCCCGCAUGCCACUAUCCAUGGAGAUGGAGAUGGAGAUGCACAUUGCUCCUCUCUUUGCAUAUCAUUUGAAUUUCCUGCUGCACAAUGCUUUUGUCCUCAUCUGCUUCCACCAUCAUCCAUGGCGAUCUGUUACGAAGCCCCCCCUUCAAUUUUUCCUUCUAGAGGAAUUCUAUCUAUCCCAUCUCCAUCGGGAUGUUGUAUGCCUCCAGAUUUUAAGGAUCGCCAUUAAGCCAGGGAAGAGUCCUGGGGAAGAAGUCUCACGACAAGAUCCCUAAUUUCGUGUGAUGGAAAGAGAUUUGAGUGAUCGGAGCCGUUACCGAACCAGAAAUGCAGCCUUGGAGUUGACAUGCAAUCCUCUUAUAUUGUUUUUGUGCCUUACUGUCUGCAGAUUUCCUGCUAAUGUUUUAGAUGAUCCCCAAACCAGGACGGGAGCUACUUGCGCGGUCCGAUAUACAACAAUCUGUUUCUCGAGGCUAACCUAUGGGAGAUGAGGACCCUACGGCUACGUAUACGGUUGACGAAGCUCUUGUUGCCAUGGGAUUUGGCAAGUUUCAAGUGCUUGUCCUUGCUUAUGCUGGCAUGGGUUGGAUUUCAGAAGCAAUGGAAGUGAUGCUCCUUUCCUUCGUUGGCCCUGCCGUUCAGUCUCUCUGGGGUCUUUCUGCACGUGAAGAGAGCCUAAUAACCAGUGUAGUUUUCGCUGGCAUGCUCAUCGGAGCAUACUCAUGGGGCAUAGUCUCAGACAAGCAUGGCAGGCGGAAAGGUUUCUUAAUUACAGCUGUGGUUACUUCUGGAGCUGGUUUCCUGAGUGCCUUCGCCCCAAAUUAUCUUUCAUUACUUGUGCUCCGUUUUUUAGUUGGUGUUGGUUUGGGAGGUGGUCCUGUCCUCUCAUCCUGGUUCUUAGAGUUCAUCCCUGCUCCAAAUAGAGGUACCUGGAUGGUUAUUUUCUCUGCCUUCUGGACAGUAGGAACAAUUUUUGAAGCUUCGGUUGCAUGGUUUGUGAUGCCAAGAUUAGGUUGGAGGUGGUUGCUUGCUUUGUCGUCUCUGCCUUCAUCAGUUCUCCUUUUAUUUUAUGUUGCGGCACCUGAGUCUCCCAGGUACUUAUGCAUGAAAGGAAGGAUAGCUGAUGCUCACGGUAUUUUGAAGGAAAUAGCUAGACUAAACAAGACUGAACUGCCCGCUGGAGUUCUUGUGGCUGAUUAUAAUGUUCAACUUCAAGAGAAGAGCAUUCCGUCAGAGGAUACCCAAUUGCUCACCCCGAGGAGAAAGCAAGAUAGAGCUCGUAAUAGCUCAGAGCAGAGUAUAGGAGGCUUCUCUUCAUUACUUCUGCUUCUUUCUCCAAACCUACUUAAGUCAACUAUGCUUUUGUGGAUAGUUUUCUUUGGGAAUGCUUUCUCAUAUUAUGGACUAGUGUUGCUGACUACUGAGUUAAGUAAUGGACGCAAUGAAUGUUCCCAAUCUCAGUCAAAUUUGAAAAAAACUAGUGAAAUCAAUUAUGGAGAUGUUUUUGUCACUAGUUUUGCUGAAUUUCCUGGGCUCCUUAUAUCAGCUGCGAUUGUUGAUAAACUUGGUCGUAAGCUUUCGAUGUCAUCUAUGUUCUUCUUAUGUUGCAUUUUUCUGCUGCCGCUGGUUGUCCAUCAACCAGCAGGUUUGACGACAAGUCUUCUGUUCGGCGCUCGCAUAUGCAUCACAGCUACAUUCACUAUCAUCUAUAUAUAUGCUCCAGAGGUGUACCCAACCUCAAUCAGGACAACUGGUGUAGGAGUUGCGAGCGCGAUAGGGAGGAUUGGUGGGAUGAUAUGUCCUCUCGUGGCUGUUGCAUUAGUACAUGGAUGUCAUCAAGCUGCAUCCAUAAUUCUAUUUGAGAUUGUGAUCUUUGUCUCUGGAAUUUGCGUGGUGCUCUUUCCGUUUGAGACAAAGGGCCGUGAUUUGAGCGACACCAUAGCAAGCUCGAAAGAGAACAUCUAUUCAGCAUGAAGUUGUUGACAAGUGCCCCAGUUAUGUAUAAAAGAAAACAUGCUUUGCUAGU